AUGGUAGUAUUUAUCGAUUUAGAAGAUGAUUCCGAACCUCCAGAGCAAGUGGGAAAUGAAUUGAGCCAUUUGCAGAAUGGAAUAAAUGGAUUUCAAAAGCCUGUUUGGGGCGGAUUUGGGGAGGCGAAUAAGAGAGUAAAUGCACUUGCAUUGACGUUGGAUCAAGACGACAGGGUGAAUCCAAAUAAAAAUGUCAUCACAGAGGCAUUGGGCUGUUAUCCUAUCAUAUCUGCCAUAGCAUCUAAUAUCGACCUCAACACUCUCGAUGCACUCUCUCAUACAUGCCGUCAAGUUCGAGUCAAUCUACUUCAAUUUCGCUCCAAGCUUCUCACAUCAACUCUUCAUUGCGAAAACGAGGAUGUAGAGCUCGAUCCCGAACAUACAUUUCGUUAUCGAGCGCGGGCCGCAGAUUACUAUUUUGUUGAAAGCGGACGCGAUGCACACGGUAGUGGGAAAGUGGGUGAUUGUGCUAGAGAUCUGGUAGGGGAGUGUCGCAAGUGCGGAAGGGUGGUUUGUAGGAACUGCACUAUUAAACCGCCUGGCCCCGUUCUCUUACGUCAUCGUCAUCGACGCAUGUGUAAUACAUGCUCGAAGGCUCCUCUUUCUUCUUUGGUCGCUGGCUCUUCAUCAUCAUGUUGCCCCUCUUCUUCCUCAAAUACACAUGAUCAUACCCUUUCAUUAUCCCCUGAAACAAUCAAAGCUUCUCUUUGCAGUUGCCCAACAGCUGUGUGGCUCUGUCAGCCCUGUGGGCGAUCUCUCCGCUCCACCGAUCAAGAAUACGAAGGCAUCUGGAAAUGGCGUACACGCUACCUUCCAUCCUUAGGCGGGCUCGGCGUUGGCAUUGGCGAAGGAAAUCGUGGUGUUCCUUGCGGCCGUGGUAGUACCUGUUUAGCCGCCAUAGAAGUAGAACAAGAAACCGACUGUGACGCCGAAGACGCGCGUGAAUUCGAAGAAUCUAGUCGAGCCGGGUCUCCAGCAUCUAGUCCAGGAGGAAGUAUAUUUGGAGGCACGAGUCCGAAUAGCAGUGAGAGGAACUUAACUCUAGGGCCUGGAUAUGCAAGACAUGAAAUUGAGGGGAUUGGAGGGGUCAUGAAGAAGAAGAGGGUUAAAAUGGUGAAGGUAGGGGCUUGUGUGCCAGAAUUUGGUGAUGAGAAAAGUGCGGGGAGAUAUUUGGUUAGGGAGAUGGAGGGGAAGGCAAGGAGUUGGUGUGGGUGGUGUCAUAGGGUUGUGAAGGGGAGUGACGACGUCGUCUAA